AUGUCUAAUGUGACGCCGAGUAAGAACGUGGAAUGGCUGCAAGUGGAGUUGGAGUCGGGGGCCACUUCUGUGCUCCUGCUAGACUGCCGCGCACACGAGCUCUACGAGUCUUCUCACAUCGAAGGAGCCAUCAGCGUGGUCAUCCCUGCUCUGAUGCUCCGCAGGUUCAAGAAGGGCAACAUCCCCAUUCGGACAAUCAUUCCCAACCACGAGGACAAAGAAAAUUUCACGCGGCGUUGUCAAACGGACACGGUGGUCCUGUACGACGAGAGCACCGUCAGCUGGCCGGACAGCGGAACCCCGUCGUCCGUUUUGGGUUUGCUUCUUCAAAAACUGUGGGAAGAUGGCUGUAAAGCCCACUACCUUGAAGGUGGGUUUGUAAAAUUCCACACAGAGUACCCAGAACACUGUGAGACUCUCCUCGACAGCUCUUGUCCUAGCUCUUCUCCUCCGCUCUCCUUCCUGGGAUUUGGAAAUUUGCGGCUUAGCUCAGACUGUUCGGACGGGGAAUCUGACAGAGAACCCGUCAGUGCCACGGACUCGGACGAGAGCCCACUCCCCAGCAAUCAGCCUUCCUUCCCAGUCCAGAUCUUACCUUACCUUUACCUGGGGUGUGCCAAAGACUCGACCAACCUAGAUGUGCUGGGCCAACACAACAUCAAGUACAUCCUGAACGUCACACCUAACCUCCCCAACAUGUUUGAACAUGACGGACGCUUCAGGUAUAAACAGAUCCCUAUUUCGGACCACUGGAGUCAAAAUCUCUCCCAGUUCUUCCCAGAGGCGAUAUCGUUUAUUGAUGAGGCUCGAUCCAAGCAGUGCAGCAUUCUGGUUCACUGUCUGGCCGGCAUCAGCCGCUCUGUUACAGUCACCGUGGCUUACUUGAUGCAAAGACUCAACUUGUCACUCAAUGACGCCUAUGACUUUGUCAAGAGAAAAAAGUCCAAUAUAUCCCCAAACUUUAAUUUCAUGGGUCAGCUGUUGGACUUCGAGCGGACACUAGGGUUGCACAGUCCUUGUGACAACCGCUCCACCAGCGAAGAGCAGCUCUUCUUCACCACACCAACUAAUCACAAUGUCUUUCAGCUGGACACACUGGACUCUACAUAA